CAUAACUAUAUAUACUUCCAAUACCUCAACCACUAUAUACGCUAGCUAUUACUCAUGGCGAACCCAACUUCUUUCAUCUUCCUCCUUUCUCUGAUGCUGCUUUUGCUACAAUCUUACCUAUUUAGCUUUGCUAAUGCAGAAAUUCUAAACGUUACCACCGAUAAAUCUGCUCUUCUUGCAUUGAAAGCUCACGUUUCUUCUAAGGACCCUCACCAUGUUUUGAUAAGCAACUGGUCCUCCCACACUCCUAUUUGCACUUGGGUCGGUGUUACCUGUGGUUCUAAACAUCUCCGAGUCAGAGCAUUAAACCUUUCCUACAUGGACCUUGUAGGUACCAUUCCUCCGCACAUUGGAAAUCUUUCGUUCCUUGUUAGUCUAAGCAUAGAAAACAACAGUUUUCAUGGUUCAUUGCCAAAUGAAUUGUCUCGUCUUUAUCGGUUGAAAUUCCUAUCCUUCCGUUAUAAUGAAUUCAGCGGAGAAAUCCCACCAUGGAUGGGUUUGCUAAACAAACUUCAACUAUUGUUUCUCGAUGAUAACAAUUUCGAAGGCAGUAUUCCACAGUCUCUAUCUAAUAUAUCUUCAUUACAACUGAUUGAUCUUUCAUAUAACCAGCUUUCAGGCUCCAUACCUUCUUCUUUAUUCAAGAUGCCUACCUUGCAAGCAAUUUCCCUCUGCUCAAAUAAGCUUUCAGGUCUAAUAACCUCCCUUGACUUCAAUGCGUCUUCACUGCAAUACAUUCACCUUGGUGGUAACGAGUUAUCUGGUGGACUACCAAUGUUUGAUCAUCUUCCCAACUUACAAUUUCUUUCUGUCUCCCGUAACCAUUUCUCUGGUGUACUCCCAGAAAUAGGCAACUUAACCAUGCUUAGAGAAUUAUUCCUUUAUGAGAACAACUUUGAAGGUACCAUCGCAUCCAGCUCCCUGUUCGAGUGCAAAGACCUACAAAAGUUAGAUUUGCGUGGAAAUAACUUCACGGGAAGAAUACUCUCGAACAUAGGAAACUUAACCAUGCUUGCUUACUUAUAUCUUAAUAACAAUAACUUCGAAGGUGAUGAGGAUUCUAUGAUGCAGACCAUGACUCUUGCUACUUUGGGGUAUAUGGCACCAGAGUAUGGAUUAGGAGGAGUUGUUUCUACAAGAGGGGAUGUGUAUAGUUAUGGCAUUCUACUCAUUGAGACUUUUACAAGAAAAAAACCUACAGAUGAUAUGUUUGCAGAAGAAAUGAGUUUGAAGCGCUGGGUAAAUGAAGCAUUGCCCAUCUCAACAAUUGAUAUUGUUGAUUCCAGUUUGUUGGAAAACGAAAGAUGUUCUAUUGCCUUGGAGGAGUGCAUAUCUUCAAUUUUGGGAUUGGCUUUAGAUUGUUGUGCAGAGUCGCCCGAACAAAGAACUAACAUGAAAAUGGUUUUAGCCACGCUAAAGAAGAUCAAAACAAAGUCUUUAAGAGAUGUCGAAAGGACAUUGACAUGAGCCUUGUGCUUGUUUAAAUGUUUUCAUUAUAUGUCUUUCUUAAUGAUAAAACAGUAUUGAGAUUGUGAAGAAGAGACCAUUGUACUGCUAAAGUUACUGGUCAUGGUGUAUAUAAUAAUUAUAUGGUCAUUGAUGAUUAUAUUGAACAGAUUGGAGUAGGGUAUUGCUUAGUACAUCAAAAGUUAUUUUUUCUCUUCUCCCAUUAUGCACAAAUUAGAAAUAUCAAUCAAUCUUUGUAUCUGUUGUUGACUAUGGUGUCUAGGCAAUACGACUUUGUUAUGUUCGACUGGCAUUAACAUGGUUGAGGCUCCUCUUUUUCUAUCCAUUUGAUCUUAGCAAAUGGUGUGCUCAUUGUAGGUCUGUUACUUGCUUCUCGUUUGUUUAUUGUUUCUCCAAAACCUUGCUUCUCAAUUGUAAUUUCUGGUGUUAAAACUUUAAUUUGCAGCUUGGGAUGCAAACCUUGUAACUCCACAUAAGUGAAUGGGUAAUGCAGGCAUGAGUCUCAAUGGCCUCUGUGAUGGUGAGAAUCUGACAAGACCCUGGUUUAUGUUUGGAAUUAAGAUGAUGUCAUGUAACCAUUGUGUUAAGUAAUUGGGUUGGUGUUUUCCAUCCGAUAUUUUGCAAUUGUAUUGUGUUCUUUGUUGUGCUUGUUUAGGCACUCAGACUGUCAAGAGGAAUAAUACAAAAUAUAUAAUCUUUUAUUUUUAUUUUUUCCCUCUUGUUUUGAGAACUACACUAAUUGACUUCUUUAAUAACAAUUGUACCAAUGUUCAGCUACAAGUUUUGUUUUAAUAUGAUCUAAUAAAAAACAUGUAUUUUGCUUGGAUAUUCACAUGAAAUGGUAGUGGAGUUGGAAGGAAUUGGUGGUGGUAGGAAUCAGAUAAUGGAAAGAACUUGGUUGGCUCAAGGAUUAAGGUUUGUUCCUUGGUACUGACAUGAGCCUUGUGUUUGUUUAAAUGUUUUCAUUAUAUGUCUUUCCUAAUGAUAAAACGGUAUUGAGAUUGCGAAAAAGAGACAACUUGUACUAUUGAAGUUACUGGUUAUAGUAUAUAAUAAUUAUAUGGUCAUUGAUAAUGGAAUACUUCAUGAUUGUAUUGACCUAAUGUUUCCAGGCAAUAGGUAUAAAAAAUAAAUAUAA